AUGUUCGAACCACAAUGGUCAAGUAGGAAGCGCGAAAGAGAAGAUGAGAAUGAUUUUGGUACAUCGGGCUUUGGUGCUCACAGAAGUAAACGACACAUAGCAAAUCUACCACAUCGAACCUCACCACAUGCCAAACGUCAGGGUGCACACCCUUUUACCCUAAAUCAUUCCACCCCAGCACCCACUAUCGCUCCCGCGGACUCGGACUCGGAGGGAACUUCCACCAUUGCGGACCCGACAAACUCAUUUUAUUCAUGGACCUCAUCGCCAUUGACAGCGGUCAAACAAAACCAUGAAGACGAUCAAAUGCACAGUCAGAGCGAAACUUUUCUCUCGAGUCAAAUGUCGGAUGGACCAAUUUAUUCGGAUGACUUCGAUAUGACUGAUAGUGGUAUGCAUCUAUCUCCCGGACCAUUCCAGCUAGAUCCCUCUAUCACCCUAGCCAAUCGAAUUCCCACUCCAAUCCACAGUUCAUUCUCCGCCUAUCUCCGACCAGAUAAACCACUCCACCCCACUCUCUUAGAACCCAACCUCACCACCGACGAAGCAUACAUCGAUCGUUUUCGUCGCGGUCGACGCCUCCCCAGUCCCAUUAGUGAAGGUGAAAUGAGCCCCAGCGUCAUCGUCAACGGAAUCAACGAUAUGCAAAUGGAAGUCGAGCCUUCCUUUCCCUCGCCCGAAUUCGAUAAAGAAAUUCCCACUCCCCAUAAGAAAGGCCAUACUCGUUCCAAACAUAGCUUGCGGAACUGGAACGGAUCCACUGGGGAUCUUGCGGGCAACGUCAACGGGGUGGGAACGAAGAAAAGCUUUAGUAUGGGAUAUCGGGCGGAUUGUGAAAAGUGUCGGAAUAAGGUUCCGGGACACUUUAGUCACAUAAUUACAUAUUGA